AUGACUCAUGUUUCCGACCGUAAAACUUCAAAAAGAAAUUCUUUUCCAACGUACGUUCUUGGUUUGGGCUUUGAGAUUUAUUUUUCAAUGAGGUUUUUGAGGUCGCCAACUUUUCAACAUGCUGGUCACGUUCCGCAGUCUCGAGAGGGCAAAAUGAAUGUUAUUUUCUUAAGUCAAAAGCAAAUACUUAAGAAAACAACAAGAAGAAUGCUUCUCAAGAAUAUAAAAACUCUUCAAGACGAUGAAAACUGA